AUGGCGAAGCCAGCCCAAACAGCGAGCAGAGCGAAGCAAGAAGGUUUUUCAAAGAGAGCGAGUUACAGCAGCAAAGGUCGAAACGCAGUCGUUCUUGAUGCAAUUGAGCUUCUCAAUUUCUCCAUUUCAGAACAUUCAAGGGUAAUAAAAACGGGUUCAAAGCUUCAAGCCAUGGUUGCAGAUAGGAUUAGUGAAUUGCCAAAGGAACUUCUUUAUGGCAUACUCUCCCUUCUUCCAGCAAAAGAUGUUGUGAGGACCUGCGUUCUGUCUAAAGGAUGGGAGAGCAUUUGGGCUUCUGUCCCCAAUCUAGACUGCGAAUUUGAAACUUUACCUAUCGUAUGGAGAGAUUCUGUGUCCCUCCCUGAUGGUAUCACAUGGGAAGACGAACAUGUGUCUGACCAUGUCGAUUUUAUGACAUUUGUUGAUCGUGUACUCUACUUUCGUGGCAAUUCAGUUGUUAAAAAAUUCCGUCUUCAUUGCUACUGUCGUGUUGAGGAUGCCCCUCGUAUUGAUGGUUGGAUUCGCGCUGCCAUUAGGCGUAAUGUCGUUGAACUUGAUCUUUGUGUUCAAGCACAUCGUGAUGAUUAUCAAGAGGACCCGCCUUUGGAGUUUCCUCAACGUGUAUUCAUGUGCAAAACACUGGAGGUUUUGAAGGUGAAGUCAGAUUUUAUUACCUAUGCUCCUCCUACAUCAGGCUGUUUCCCAAGCCUCAAGGUCCUUGAUAUCAGAGUUGAUAAUCCUGAAGCUGACUCAAUGGAAAAGUUUUUUUCGUGCUGCCCUGUACUUGAAGAUUUAUCUCUAUUUGCAUGUGUCACAGAUGGUAGGCUUUGGAAUUUUAAGGUCUCUGCUCCUAAACUGAAGAGAUUAAAAAUGACCUUCUUAACUGAUCUCUAUGAUGAUAAUAAUCCAAAGUACUACAUUUCUAUUAAUGCUCCAGAGCUUGAACAGCUUGACAUUAAGCAGGACUUUUUGUCAAAUUAUUCAUUUGUGAAUCUAAAAUCCCCAGUCAAAGGCAGUGUCGAUUUCUAUUGCCAUCUUGGGAAACUCCAGCGUCACUUCUUUGAACGAGCAACUGCGCUUCUGAAGACAUUUGCCAAUGUUAAAUAUCUGUCUAUUUCAGCUCAUUUUGUGGCGGGUUGUCUGCCUACUUUCAAUCAUUUGACCGAAUUGAAGUUGCUUGUUUUCGAUUGCUAUCAUUGGGAUUUGCUAACACAGUUGCUCAAGAAAUCAAAUAAUUUGGCAUCACUUGUCAUUGAAUAUGAAGAAGAUGAGGAAUGCAUUGAGGAUCAUGAGGAGCUUGAAAGGUACUCAAAAGAGGAUCUAUGGAGUACACCAGAGUCUGUGCCUAUUUGUGUGACAGGACACCUCAAGACUAUCACUAUAAGGGGACUCAAGGGAUAUCCGCAUGUGAAGAAAGUGGCAAAGUGUUUGUUAAAAAGCGGUAAAGUUUUGACUAAGAUGACUGUUGACAAUGAUGAGUUGUACAAAGAAUUAAUGCUUGAAAGGGGCUCUAGGACUUGUCUGGUUGAAGUUGUCUAAACUGCAGCUUUCACAACGUUUUUCAAUUUUGUAAGUUCAGCAUUGGGUCUUAGAUUGAUUCAGCCAUCAAAGUUGGAAACCAGACAAGCACAUCUGGUAAAUCCUAAGAUGGAUCGAUUUUCAGAUGUUUAUUUUUGAGCUGUAUACAUUUCUUAUCCGCUUUGUAUCACUUCUUUUAGCCUUGGGUAGAAUUCUAUAGUUGUGACAUGAACAUGUAUGAAGAGAUGUGCUGAAGCUACUCAUGCCACGGUCUUCCAGUCGACACUCGUCAUUAAUUUGGAGUCGAAAGUUACAUGGUUGCUUCGAUUUCUUUGAACUAUAUUUUGCAUUUUGCCAUUCCAUUUGUAUGGAGGGAAUUUAUUGUAACCAAUUCAAAUUGUA